AUGUCACCAAGACCAUUUACCUUGAAUGAUCCAUCCUUGCUCCAUGAGGCCUCGUUGCUGAAUGGUGAAUGGGUUGCGGCCCAAUCUAACAAAAGGUUUGACAUCGAGGACCCCGGCUCCAGACACGUUUUCGCAACCUGCCCAACGAACGGCCCAGAGGAUGUGGACAAAUACGUCGAGACCUCGCAUGCGGCCUUCGAACGCUAUCGUCAUGUCAACCCACGCGAACGAGCCAAGUUUCUUCUGAAAUGGCACGAGCUGAUUACAAAUGCUCGAGAAGAUAUUGCUACAAUCGUGGUCUACGAAACCGGAAAGCCCAUGGCCGAAGCCAUAGGUGAGGUGGACUACGCACUGGGGUUUGCCUGGUGGUUCGCUGGAGAGGCCGAGAGGGUUCGCGGUUCGAUCGCACUGCCUUCAGUCUCUAACCGUCGCACAUUUGUCAUAAAGCAGCCCAUUGGCGUGAGUGUGGCUUUGGUCCCCUGGAACUUCCCUGUUGCGAUGAUCGUUCGCAAAGUGGCAGCCGCCUUGUCGGCGGGAUGCACUAUGAUUGUCAAACCAUCCCCAGAAACUCCCCUGAGUGUGAUGGCCCUUGCAGAUCUUGCCCUUCGCGCAGGUUUAGCACCAGGUGUUCUCAAUGUUAUCACAACCGACAACGAAUACACACCAUCAGUCAGUGAAAGGCUUUGCAAACACCCAUUGGUGCGCAAGGUAACUUUCACAGGCAGUACAAGGGUGGGAAGCAUUAUCGCAAGGCAUUGCAGCGAUGGACUGAAGAAGGUUACCAUGGAACUGGGUGGAAAUUGCCCGUUCAUUGUCUUUGACGACGGAAAUUUGGAACAAGCAGUGGCCGCCCUGAUGAUCCUCAAGUGGCGUACCGCCGGCCAAGCCUGUACCCAUGCCAAUCGAGUUUAUGUCCAAGCGGGUGUCUACGAUAAGUUUGCGCAGAUGAUGUUAGAAGCGACCCAGAAACUUAAGGUCGGGCACGGAACUGAUUCAGCUACCACCAUGGGACCACUUACGACCGACCGUGGUGUUGAGAGGGUGAAGAGCCUUGUGUCCGAUGCGGUCAGCAAGGGCGGCAAAGUUCUCUGUGGUGGAAAGCAACCAAAUGGCCCUCAAGGCUAUUUCUUCGAGCCCACGAUCAUCGCCAAUAUGAACCCUGAGAUGCUGGCGUCUCGGGAAGAGAUUUUCGGGCCUUUGCUGGGUUUGCACAGGUUUGAGACUGAGGAGGAAGCUGUCAAGAUGGCAAAUGACACAUCUAUGGGUUUGGCCUCGUACUUCUUUACCAAGAACGUUGACCGGACCUGGAGGCUUCUUGAAAAUCUUGAGGCAGGCAUGAUUGGCAUGAACACCGGAAACUCUUCGUGUGCGGAGUCUCCGUUCGGUGGGAUUAAGGAGUCUGGAUAUGGCAAGGAGGCAGGCAAAGACGUCGCCAUCGAAGAGUAUUUGAUCUCUAAAACAGGCACGCUUACUGUGGAGAGCGCGCCGGGACCCUAG